AUGGAGAAGCUCCAGAAACGGUACCGGGCUGAGAUUCAGCGUGCCCUAUCGAUGACCCCUAAAGGGCAACGUUUCAAUUCCUCUUGGGUUCACUUCGAUCGAAUGGAUUUGAUGGAGAAGGGUCCGAAUUCUGUCUCCGUCAUGGUUGAUUUGAGCCCUAUUGAUGAAGAUGAAGAUGAUGAUGAUUAUGAAGAGGAUUUGUAUCAGAGCGUGAAGCGUGGUGUUACUAAGAAUCGGAGUGUUCAUGGGUCGGCGAGCAAUGGGAUCGGUGGGGUUGUGAGAGAUGGAUAUUCAGAAAGGUUAGGGUUGGGGAAGAGAGGCGGUGGUGGUAGUGGUGAUGAGGUGGGGAUGAAGAGAGAGGGGGACCCGGUGGCGAUUAAGGGAUUGGGCGAUGGGUUUGUGAGGAUGGAGAAGAUGAAGAUGAAGAUGGCGAGGGAAGUCGAGGCAAUGCGAAGGGAGAUAGAGAUGAAGCGGACCGAGAUGAUUCUCCAAUCACAGGAGCGGAUUGUGGAGGCCUUUGGGAAGGCUUUAUCGGAGAAGAGAAACAAGAAGUCUAAGAGAAUGCCCACGCCAGAAGCUUAG